AAAAGAAGAAGAAGAACUGCACAAUGACAUGUGUUCUGUACAGCAGAUGUAUUUUUAUAUCACAAGUUUCACAUUAAAACUCGAGGGAAGAUGAGCUGCAUGCAGGGGCUGAGAGUUCUGCCACCGGAUGUCAUGGACUGGGACACGCAGCGGUGUCGCAUGGGCCCGGAUCUGAUGUCCAGGUUAGGAAUGCGGGUGGGCUCUCCUGUCCUCAUCGGGGUUCGGCAGGGGUCUUGCCUCUGCACCGCAUGGCCACGCCGAGACCUCGCCGAGGGUUACCUACAGAUCAGCAAACAGUGCGCAACUCCAGACCUUAGUACACAAACACUUAACGGACUGACGGUGGACCCGGCGCACAUCAAACCCCUCAGCUGCACCAAACUCACUUGCGUCGGCUUGAAAGUCUUUGUCAGAAGUCUGAAAUACAAGAGGAACGUUUGCGAGCUUUUACACGAACUGCUGAUCGGCCUCUACCUUCACGAGGGUCAUUUAGUAGACCUGUCUGGUGCAAAAACUGACAUCAAGUUUGUCCUGGUUGAGAAGGUUAACUCGGGCUCACACCCUGCCGGUCUUGUUACAGACAGAACUCGUCUGGACGUGAGCGCGGUACAGAGUGCCAAACACCUGCUGACUCAGAGGCAGGUCCCAGAUCAGUCUCUGGGCGGCCUCGGUGAAGUUUACGAGUCGUUGAAGGAGAUGAUCGUCUUUCCUCUGCGAUACCCGGCCACUUUGCAUCAGCUCGGGCUGUCCUGCCCGCGGGGGCUGCUACUGAUCGGACCGCCCGGCGUCGGCAAGACCUUGCUGGUCCGCAGCGUGGCGAAAGACGUCGGGGCCAGUUUAGUGACCGUCAAUGGACCCGAAGUCGUGGGUUCUCGACCUGGCGAAAGCGAAGAGAACCUGCGGCGGAUGUUCGAUCGGGCCCGUGAGGAGGCAGAGGAGGCUCCCUGCGUUCUGCUCAUAGAUGAGAUCGACUCGCUGUGUCCGAAGCGAACUGACAGCAGCGGCGCGCCGGAGAACCGGUUGGUGGCUCAGCUCCUCACGUUAAUGGACGGAAUCGGCAGCGAUGAUGGUUUUGUCAUCAUUGGAGUCACGAACCAGCCGGACGCUCUGGAUCCGGCGCUCAGGAGACCUGGACGGUUCGACAGAGAGGUGAUCAUCGGGGUGCCGCUCCUGAUGCACAGGCGCAGUAUUCUGGAGUGCACGUGUGGACAGAUGCCGCUCUCCGCUGACGUGGAUCUGAACUCCAUCGCUGAAAUGACAUGCGGAUACGUGGGAGCAGAUCUCAGUGCGCUCGGCAGAGAAGCGGCGCUGCAGGCCAUGCGACAGUCGCAGGCAGGAGUCAGUGAGCGCGUGGAGAUGCGACACUUCAUUGCAGCGUUGCGUCAGGUGCAGCCCUCGUGUCUCAGGAGCAGCAUAGGAGCGAUCGACUUUAAACCCAUCACCUGGGAGCAGAUUGGGGGACUCGAGGAGGUUAAACUCAAACUCAAACAGAGUAUCGAGUGGCCCAUGAGAUUUCCUGAAGCCUUUGUGCGGAUGGGCAUCUCUCGACCCCGGGGAGUUCUGCUGUACGGACCGCCAGGUUGUGCCAAGACCACGCUUGUGAAAGCAGCCGCCAGUUCAUCGCACUGCACUUUCCUGUCGGUCAGCGGGGCUGAGAUCUUUUCUCCUUAUGUGGGAGACUCUGAGAAAACCCUCACACAGUUGUUUGUCCAGGCACGAGCGUGCGCCCCCUCCAUUGUGUUCCUGGAUGAGAUUGACAGCAUGGUGGGUUCUCGAGCAGGCGACGGCUCCUCACACAGCGUACAGUCACAGGUUCUGUCGGUUCUUCUCAACGAGUUGGAUGGAGUUGGAUUUCGGAGCGUGGAGAGACGGAGCGGCAGCAGAAAAAUGCUUCAGUUAGAGGGGGAAAAUCAGGAGAUGAGCAGACGACAUCAGAUGGAGCUUCAGGAAGUUUGUAAUAAAGAUGUUUUGAUUGUGGCCGCCACUAAUAGACCUGAUGUUCUGGACAGUGCCUUGCUCAGACCCGGACGACUCGACCAGAUUAUAUACGUACCUCCUCCGGACCUCGAGGCCCGGCUGGCCGUACUGCGUGUCUGCACCGAACCUGUUCCUCUGGAUCCUGACGUGUGUUUGAAGGAUCUCGCUGAGCUAACAGAACGCUUCUCUGGAGCAGAUCUAGAAAACCUGUGUAAAGAGGCUGCUCUUACAGCCCUGCGUGAGGAUGGAUUCUCUGUUUCCUCUGUGAAACAUCAACACUUUCUGAAGACUCUUCAGAGUUUCACUCCAUCAUUAAGCCCUAAACAACUUCAGCAGAACAUCCAGUUGUCUCUGUGGUCCAAGCUCAGAUGUAGUGCAGUAGCUAUUGCAUCCUCAGUCGACCGGUUUGAGCGGUAUGCAAACUGAAAUGGAUCAAAAGAGGUGGGCAGUAUGGAAAUAAUGUAUUCCUUCACCAGCCUUUCCAAACACUUCAUUAUUACAGAGGUCAAAGCUACUGGGCGGUAGUCAUUUAAACAGAAAAAUGGGAGAUGUUUUUGACACAGGAAUGAUGGCUGAGGUUUUAUAACAAGAUGGCACAACAGCUUAAGACAAGGAGGUGUUCAAAAUAUCUGUGAAGACCUGUGUAAGUUGUCUUGACCAGGUAUACUGUCUGGACCUGCAGCUUUUCUAGGAUUAAUUUUCCUCAGGGUUUUAAAGACAUCCUCCGGGUCAAGGCUCAACACCCUUUCAUUGAGGUGAGAGACGGCCUUCACUGCUGGAAUAUUGUUCAGAGCAUCGAACCUGCCAAAGUAUUUAUUCAGGUCAUUCAAAAACUCAAUAUUGUCAUUACAGGACAGGGAAGUAGAUUUACAAUCUGCAGCAGACUGAAUUCCCUGCCAGAGUCGCCUGGUGUCUCUGUAGUCUGUAAAAUGAUCUUGGAUUUUUUGACCAUGGCCUUUUUUCGCCAGUCUGAUGGCCUUGUUCAAUUUUGCACGGGCAGACCUGAGGGCAUCCUCAUCGCCAGCUUUAAAAGCAGAGUUUCUUUCCUGGAUCGCACCUCAGCUGUCAUCCACGUUUUCUCAUUUGCUCUGACAGUAAUAUUCUUGGUGACACUAACAUCUUCCAUACAUUUAUAGCUGGAUACAACAUCAGCAUAUUCAUUGAUGUCCGUGCCCUGAGUAUUUGUAGCCGCCUCUUUGAACACUGACCAAUCUGUGCUUUCAAAACAGCCCUGCAAUGCCAUCACAGCUCCAUGCGGCCAGACCCUCACAUGUUUAGUAGAGGGCUUUGUUCGAGUAAGCAGGGCCUAUGUUGGUGUAAGCAUGACAGUAAUAUGGUCUGAUGAUCCCAAAUGAGGGCGGGGCAGUCUUGAUAUUAGUAUACACAUGGUCUAGUGUAUUUGCACCUCUUGAGGAAUUCUGUUAAAGAAAACUAUUUCGCCUGACAGUGAACUUUGAGCUUUAUCAUUUUACAGAUAUUAUUUAUGCUAUAAUAGCAACAUUACACACCAAUGAGGGUUUAAAAAUAGGAUCAGCAAGAGCGUGACCUUUAAUGGGAGAGUUCACCCAAAAAUGAAGAUUCUGUCAUCAUUUUCUCACUCUCAUUGUUUUGAUGAACACAAAUGAAGAUUUUUUUGCCUUGCCUACCAUGAAAGUGAAUGUUUGAUUACAAACAUUUCUCAAAAUAUCUUCAUUUGUGUUCAUCAGAACAAAGACAUUUAUACAGAUCUGUAACAACAUGAGAGGGAGUAAAUCAUCAUUUUCAUUUUUGGGUGAACUAUCCCUUUAAGCAAAAUUCUGAAGUGAAGCAUCUAUGAAAGCAUGAGUGAGUCUGAUCAUCUCCUAGCAACUGAAUUCACACAUCUGCUCCUUUGAGACAUCAUCAUCAUCAUCAUCAUCAUCAGUGGUGGAGCCAGAGGGGUGUGCAAGGAGGCACUGGACCCCCCAACAUCUAAUUCGACGUGCAGCAGUGCAGUACAUUAUUAAAAACUAAUAUUAAGAGAAUAUUAACUUACAUUGGUUAGACUAACUUACAUGAUUUGUGUAGUGUAUAAUUAUCUUUCAGUGGACUGAAUACAGAUUGGCCAAUUUAUUUUCCUGUUUUCACUGUUUUUACAACAAAACCCAAUGCAGUGUUUUUAUUGUUGAAGUGAUCUUUAUAGGCUACUAUACGAUUAUUAGUUGGACUGGACUGCAGCCUUGAAUUUGAUAAUGGACAGUGCAUAAUUUCCACCGAUAGCACGCGUGCACAGCUACAGCUUAAACAUCUUAAGGUUUGC